AUGUUGUCCACUUUUACAGAUGCCUUUGUAAAUAGCCAGGAAUGGACACUAAGCCGAUCUGUACCAGAACUGAAAGUGGGGAUUGUGGGUAACCUAGCAAGUGGCAAGUCUGCACUUGUACACCGGUAUCUGACUGGCACAUAUGUCCAAGAGGAAUCACCUGAAGGUGGGAGAUUCAAGAAAGAGAUAGUAGUUGAUGGACAAAGCUAUCUGCUGCUGAUUAGAGAUGAAGGGGGACCUCCAGAGGCACAGUUUGCCAUGUGGGUGGAUGCUGUUAUAUUUGUCUUCAGCUUGGAAGAUGAAAUUAGCUUCCAGACUGUUUACCACUACUACAGCCGUAUGGCUAACUAUCGUAACACUAGUGAAAUUCCAAUGGUACUAGUGGGAACACAGGAUGCUAUAAGUUCCAGUAAUCCACGUGUCAUAGACGAUGCCAGAGCAAGGAAGUUAUCAAAUGAUCUCAAGAGAUGCACUUACUACGAAACCUGUGCUACUUAUGGACUCAAUGUGGAGAGAGUCUUCCAAGACGUUGCUCAGAAGAUCGUUGCAACAAGAAAGAAACAGCAACUGUCGAUUGGACCCUGCAAAUCUCUACCAAACUCUCCGAGCCACUCAUCUGUGUGUUCUGCCCAGGUUUCUGCUGUACAUAUCAGCCAGACCAGUAAUGGAGGAGGGAGUUUAAGUGAUUAUUCCUCCUCUGUCCCAUCAACUCCAAGCACCAGCCAGAAGGAGCUACGGAUUGAUGUUCCUCCCACUGCCAACACACCAACUCCUGUCCGUAAACAGUCCAAGCGCCGAUCCAACCUCUUCACGUCUCGGAAAGGGAGUGACCCAGACAAAGAGAAGAAGGUCCUGGAGAGCAGAACAGAUAGCAUUGGAAGCGGUCGUGCAAUCCCAAUUAAACAGGGUAUGCUGCUAAAGCGAAGUGGCAAGUCAUUGAAUAAAGAGUGGAAGAAGAAAUACGUGACGUUGUGUGACAACGGUGUGCUGACCUACCAUCCUAGUUUACAUGACUAUAUGCAGAACGUUCAUGGGAAAGAAAUCGACUUGCUGAGAACCACUGUGAAAGUCCCCGGGAAGAGGCCACCCCGAGCUACAUCAGCUUGUGCACCCAUUUCCAGUCCCAAAACAAACGGCCUCUCCAAGGAUAUGAGCAGUUUACACAUCUCGCCAAAUUCAGGGAACGUGACUACUAGCACAUCUGUGUCUCAGAUGGCAAGUGGGAUCAGUCUAGUCUCCUUCAACAGUCGUCCGGAUGGUAUGCAUCAGCGCUCUUACUCGGUCUCCAGUGCAGAUCAGUGGAGUGAGGCAACAGUCAUUGCAAACUCUGGCAUUAGCAGUGAUACUGGAUUAGGAGAUUCUGUGUGUUCAAGCCCAAGUAUAUCCAGUACGACAAGCCCCAAACUCGAUCCACCUCCUUCACCUCACGCCAACAGAAAGAAACACCGCAGGAAGAAAAGCACGAGCAAUUUCAAAGCUGAUGGUAUCUCGGGCACAGCUGAAGAACAAGAAGAAAACUUUGAGUUUAUCAUUGUCUCUCUCACUGGCCAGACUUGGCACUUUGAAGCUACCACAUAUGAAGAAAGAGAUGCAUGGGUACAAGCCAUAGAGAGUCAGAUCUUGGCCAGUUUACAGUCAUGUGAGAGCAGCAAGAACAAGUCCCGUCUGACGAGUCAGAAUGAGGCCAUGGCCCUUCAGUCCAUAAGGAACAUCAGAGGCAAUUCCCACUGUGUGGACUGUGAAGCACAGAACCCUGACUGGGCCAGCUUGAAUCUGGGAGCCCUCAUAUGUAUCGAAUGCUCAGGUAUACACCGAAACCUUGGCACACAUCUUUCUCGGGUCCGCUCUCUUGACCUGGAUGACUGGCCUAUAGAGCUCAUCAAGGUGAUGUCUUCUAUCGGGAAUGAGCUGGCAAACAGCGUCUGGGAGGAGAGCAGCCAAGGCCAUAUGAAACCUUCAUCAGACUCCACAAGGGAAGAAAAAGAGCGCUGGAUACGUGCGAAAUAUGAGCAGAAGCUCUUCCUUGCCCCACUGCAGUGCCUGGAGCUUUCUCUGGGCCAGCAUCUCCUGAGGGCUACAGCCGAGGAGGACUUGCGGACAGUCAUCCUGCUCCUUGCCCAUGGGACCCGGGAAGAGGUGAACGAGACCUGCGGAGAUGGUGACGGGCGUACUGCCCUCCACUUGGCGUGCAGGAAAGGAAAUGUGGUAUUAGUGCAACUCUUGAUUUGGUAUGGCGUCGAUGUGAUGGCACGCGAUGCCCAUGGAAACACAGCGUUGGCCUACGCCCGGCAGGCCUCCAGCCAGGAGUGCAUUGACGUUCUCCUCCAGUACGGCUGCCCCGAUGAGCGCUUUGUCCUCAUGGCCACUCCAAACUUGUCCAGGAAGAACAAUAAUCGGAACAACAGCAGUGGAAGGAUGCCCACCAUCAUCUGAGGAGCUCAGUCAUGUAUUCGCUGACCUGAAUUACAUCCGCAGCCUCAUAUUCCUCCAUCCCCAUCACAGCUCUGCUCUGUGAGUCUGGUAACUCUCCUUUUCCCUUUUCCUUUUGGUACACCCCUGUCCCAUGCAGAAACGGCACAAGGGGAUGAGAAGGAGCAAAAGGGGCUGCAGGGAAAGCAGUUGUUUCAGUGACAGCUCCCGAAUGAUGGAAACAAGCAGGAGAGAGCACGUGGGUUGAGCAGGACACGCCGCACUUGGCACUAGGACCAUGGGAGAGCAGUCAUCCCCAGGGGAGACGCAGGCUCCCUGAGUGUGGAGGAAAGGGGCAGAGGGAGAGGCGAGCGAGAGAAGAAGGAAGGAGAGAUGGUGACUUUCCGUAACUGACAGUUAAGCACAUCAGUACAUUUCACCUCUACCAAACGCGACGCCUGGAUUUCAUUCUCUUCUCUGAAGAGCUUGACGGCAUAAAUCAGAAGCAAGCACAGAGUUUGUCAGGUUUGAAGCUCCUAUGAUGGUAUGUGUCAAAUCAGUUGUAGCUAAUCUGUCCGGGGAGAAUACUGGCUUCAUUACACUUGUAUAGUUGAGUUCUUCCAGCAUUACCGCUGUUUAAUAGAACAUGAUUAGUCAUCACGGAGAAAAAAGCAUAUUAGCUGAGGAGGUAGUUACAUGGCACGCUUCGGUGAUUGCUUGGAUGUGAUUGCAAUAUUCUUAGAAGCAUCAUAUUAUCUCAGACAUGUUCUUUCAACCCCUUGGAGCCCUCCUUUCUAAAUUCACUGUCAUAAUUUAGUAUCUGUUUAAUUUUUCAGUCCAAAGAGAGGAAAUGAGUUGCUGAGUGUUAUUUGACUGCAGUCUCCUUGGUGUAAAAACAAAAUGGAAAAAAUAAAUAAGAGUAACUAUGAAACACAAAAAGGAAUAAUGAAUACCGCUAAGGAAAAACAUUUCAAGUACCUUUAGUGAAAUUAAUAAACGCAUUAAAGGCUAAUAUUUUUUCAGCCAGCAAAAAUAGGUUCUGUCAUUUUGCCAAGGUAAAUGUGUUGAGUUUUUGGUCACUCCUGUGAUGCAUUGCCUAACUUAUACAGAUUUUUGUAUUGUGUCUCUAGAUUAUAUGUAUGUAAAAUCUAUUUGAAUAAAAAAAACAUAAAUAUGCAUUGAUAAUUUUUUUGUACAGAAAAUGACAUCUCUGUUAAUUUAUAAACUGUAAUGGAUGUGAACUAAAUAAUGUGCAACUAGUUAGGAUCUGUGGGUUACAGAUCAUUGUACGUUGAAAAUAUUCCCAGCAGUGAACUCUUGUUUCCAUCGCAAGCCUU